CUCGUCUUUUACGCACGGCUGGGUCGUGGCUCUGCUGUCGGUCCUCUCCAUCUAAACUAGAGCCUUUUACGCACAGAUCCUGCGGUGAACUCGCCCUCUCCUCUAUACCUGUGCUCAUACCCGACUGGCUUUCAAUUUAGCUGUCAAAUAAGGACAAAUAAGGAGGACGGGACAUGUUUGGGACGUGGAGGGGACUUGCCGGACUGUCCACAUGUUGUUGUGUGCUGAUGCUGAUUCAUUGUUUGCCUCAAGCAGAUGCAGCAUCUACAUGCAGCUCCACCCAGUUUAAGUGUGGAAAUGGGAGAUGUAUCACCCGCAGGUGGAUUUGUGAUGGAACGGACGAUUGUGGUGAUGGAACCGAUGAGCUGCCUGCAACCUGCGCGACCAAAACCUGUCUGGAGUCAGAAUUCAGCUGUGGCCCCCCCAUGAACCAGUGUAUUCCGGGAAGCUGGCAUUGUGACGGCAAAGCUGAGUGCGACAACGGGGCUGAUGAGAAGAACUGCACGGCCAAAGAGUGCAAAGCUGGAGAGUUUCGUUGUGCCAAUGGCCAGUGUAUAUCCAAGACCUUCAUCUGCGACAAUGACAACGACUGCUCGGAUGGCUCAGAUGAGGUUUCCUGCCCCAAACCCAAAUGCAGUGCUCGGUCCUUCCAGUGCAACAACUCAGUGUGUGUGCCAGCCAUGUGGCGCUGCGAUGGAGACAAGGACUGUGCCGACGGGUCUGACGAGUGGCCGCAGACCUGUGCCGGAGAGCAGCCAGGCAAGACGGCGGCGCCCUGCUUGCGCCACGAGUUUCAGUGUGCAAAUGGGGAGUGUAUCCACAGUAGCUGGCAGUGUGAUGAAGGCGUGGACUGUGGGGAUGGAUCGGACGAGGUCAACUGCAGUCGUCCUAGUUGUCGUCCAGAUGAGUUCCAGUGUAAUGACGGCUCCUGUAUCCAUGGCAGCCUCCAGUGUGACAAUAAGGCCGACUGCAGAGACCUCAGUGAUGAGAUUGGCUGCCACAUAGAAAAUUUAUGUGAAGGCCCAACCAAGUUCAAAUGUGGCAGCGGGGAGUGUAUCAGCAUGGCGAAGGUGUGUGACACACAGAGAGACUGCAGGGACUCAUCAGAUGAACCUGUCAAAGAGUGUGGCAAUAAUGAAUGUUUGACCGAAAAUGGCGGCUGCUCCCAUGACUGCAAUGAUCUGAAGCUUGGCUACAACUGCUCAUGCCCUGCUGGCUAUACCCUGAAGAUGGACAAGAGAACAUGUGAAGAUAUUGAUGAAUGUGCCGAACCGGACACUUGCAGUCAGAUCUGCAUCAACCUGCCGGGCACCUACAAAUGUGACUGCAAGAAUGGCUAUGAGAUCGACCCUGCAACCAAGACUUGCAAGGCUGAAUCAGGCACCGUACCCACCCUGUACUUCACCAACAGACACGAGGUGAGGAAGAUGACGAUGGACCGCACCGAGUAUGUCAGUGUGAUCCCACAGCUGAAAAGUGCGUUGGCUCUGGACAUGGAUAUGCCAAACAAGAUGAUCUUCUGGUCUGACCUGUCUCUAAAGAAAAUCUUCAGCUGCACGAUCGACAUGGCCAGUAACUCCUCUCACCACACUGUAGUAAUUGGCAGUGGGAUUGAGUCCGCAGAGGGUAUUGCUGUGGACUGGAUCCAUGGUAACAUCUACUGGACUGACAGGAUUUUGAAGACUAUCUCUGUGGCAGCAACAGACGGCAGCAAGAGGAAGACCCUCUUCACAGAAAACCUGGAGAAGCCAAGAGCCAUCGUUGUGGACCCAGUAAAUAACUUUAUGUACUGGACAGACUGGGGUGAGCAGGCUAAGAUAGAGAAGAGUGGGCUGAAUGGAGCGGAUCGUGUUGCCUUGGUGACAGACAACAUUUUGUGGCCCAAUGGCAUCACCCUAGACAUGGUCAACCAGCGUCUGUACUGGGUGGACUCCAAGAUGCACAUGCUCUCUAGCAUCGAUGUGAAUGGAGGGAUGCGACACAGUCUCAUUUUCAGCGAGGAGAAGCUCUUCCACCCCAUCUCUCUGACUGUCUUUGAGGAGAAAGUGUUUUGGACAGACAUCCACAAUGGCGCUGUUUUUAGUGCCAACCGCUUGACGGGAAAGGACAUCAUCGAGCUGGCAAGGGACCUGGACCAGCCACAGGACAUCAUACUGUACCACAACCUCAAACAGCCAAACGGUACCAACUGGUGCAGAGAGAGUAACAGUAUGAAUGGAGGUUGUGAGUUUCUUUGCCUCCCUGCCCCUUGGAUCAACCAGCACUCUCCUAAAUACACCUGUGCCUGUCCUGACAACAUGACCAUGGGACCUGACAUGAGGAAAUGUGUGACAGCAAGCACAGCUCCCCCUCCAGCUGCAGAAAACAAAACGGGUACACCACUCCUGCCUAAAACUUCCACCAAGCCUACUACACCCAGGCAGCCUGCCCCUACCACAACAACUACAACUACAACCACCACCACCACAGCUACUGAAAAACUGACAUCUACCUCAUCCACCCAGCACACACAGAGCACACAGCUGCCUGCUGCCACUGGUCAAGGUAACAGAUUGGCAGCAGUGCCUGCAGAAGCCCCUUCAUCCCACCCUAUUGCUCUCUAUGUUGUGUUGCCAAUAAUGGUCAUCUCCCUGCUGGUGUUUGGAGCAGUGUUGCUAUGGAGACACUGGCGUCUGAAGAACACCAACACCAUCCACUUUGACAAUCCAGUGUACCAGAAAACCACAGAGGACGAGUUACACAUCUGCAGGAACAGCUCUGACGGCUAUGUUUAUCCUCAGAGGCAAAUGCUGAGCAUGGAGGACAUGGAUGUUGCAUGAGCCAAAGAUGAAGAAAACACUAGCUUUAUUGAAAGUGAUUUUUUUUGCCCGAUGCAAACAUGAAGAAACAAAGGCCAAUUUUUUUCUGCUGCUGCUGCUCAACAACCCCCUCCCUCCCCCAGUGACCUCAUUUUGUGGCUUAUGUUUCUGACCUCAGCACUGUGCCGUCCAAGUCUGAAGAAAGGCCUGAAAAAAAAACAAGAAGAAGAAAAAAAAAAUCUUUGAAAUGUAUGACAAAAUGGAGCCUAACUACAGGAAGCCAUUUUGUCAGACCACAAUACGUGGUCUAAUGUAUGGUUUCAGAAGAUCAUGUUGAAGCUAGGCUAAAACUGUCUGGCUAAGCAUCCUGUUAUUUAAGAAGGUACAGAUGUUUGCUUUCUUUACCACCAACAGGUCGCCUCAGUAUGUUGAUUACCAAAAUACACGUAACUCACAAUCUAUGUUCAGCAAGUUUAACUUGAAAAGCCUGACCUUUACUGUCUUAACACGUCUAUGUGCCUUCCAUCCACACUCUGGUGGUUUAGUGAAGUUUAUGGGAUGUAUGUACAGUAAAUGCCUUUCUGACCCCACUACCUUCCAAACCAAUUACUGUGGUAGUGAAUAUCAUAGUGCUUUAACCCGAGGCAGUGAUGGCCCCCAUUACAAUAUAUUGUAGCCUUCUCAUCUUGUGGAUACAGCUUUUCACAUUUUGUUGGCUCCGAUAUCAGAGGCAUUUGUCUACUGUCACCCAUUAUAGUCUUUUUUAGAGGUAAACCACAUUUAAAUCAGUGUGCUUAUGUUACAUAUGUUUAUAUUGUGAAUGGUAAAGCUGCUGAGUUUUCUGAAGUCAACCAAAAUGAAGAAAAUGUUUUUUUUUUUUUUUUUAAAUGAAGAUAGUUAAAGUAAAAACUGAUUGUACUGUAAAUUGUAACACUGUAAAUAAUUUCUGUAAAUAUUUUGUAAAACACUCUUAAGUUCACUCUGGUGUUGCCUUUUUCACGUGUAUAUUUUAAUCAAAAAAUGUUGUAAAUAUGUAUGAGAUUCUUUUAUUUAUUUGUAGAAAUGUAUGAGAAAAGGUUUUAGGUUGUUGUCAUCUGGCUUGUAAAUACAUAUAGUGCAUAUUAUAUGAAUGAAUUGUGCUUGUUCCAGCUAGGCCAGUUUAACCUUUACAUUGUACAGCCAUUAUUUAACUUAUGUUCAGUCAAACCUUUUGACACCUGCUCAGUUUUGUGUGUACGGCAUCCUGUAUCCUGAGUCCCUGCUGUAGGGCCGUGCUUAUCAUUUUUGACUGUGUACUACAUGUUACUGGAAAAUGCUGAAGAACCUCUCUUUGUUCCUUACACCACACCACUGUUUGUUUCUUUCUCAGUGGAAAAUUCCAUAAUUUAUUUUGCUACUGCCUUUCUCUUGCUAUACACAGUCUGCAGAGGAUGAUGUUCUCCAUCACAACAACUUGUUUUUACAAACCUUUAGGUUUUAUUCACAAAAGCCUCCACACUGCUUUGUUUAUUUUUGGCCUUGUUGGCUUUUUUUUUAAUAAAAGAAGAAAAACACA